AUGUCCAUCAAGUUGUACACCGAACCCUCAAGCACAUUGCACCAGGAGUUUGCAGAUUCAGAAAUGAAUCUGCAAAGUGACGUUCUUUUCAAACGAGCGGUCGUUACAGCAGGAACCUGGAUCUUAUACACUUAUCCAAACUUCAAUGACAAAGAAUUUGGUGGCAGCCGAUCAAAUUACAAGAUUUUACAGCCAGGAGCAGAUGAAGACAUUACUGGCGUCAAUGGCUCCAUGUACCUGGUGAAGGACCAGACAGAAGGAAUCAUUUUGUUUGAACACGCCUUCUACGGUGGAGAGAGGAAGGUAAUGCAUUAGGAAUAUAAUACAUAACCUUAUCAACUACUAUCAAUAACAAACACUUCAACUGUGGAAACCUAUGGUCUCUUUGUUACGCGUCGCCAUUUCUAAAAUAAAGAAAGCACAAUAGCUCAAACAUCACUGGCCUCCCAUCUGGGGACAGUGACUAAUCAGGGGCGGAUCCGGGAUUUUUUUUUAGGAGGGGGCGUACUCGCCUCUCGCUCUACAUCAACACCACUAAACCACAUAGUUUUUUUUUGUAUUAUAAAAGAAACAGACUUCAUAACAAACUCUGGAGUGGGGAGGGGUUGGGAGGUGGUCUCCGACAUACAAACCAAAAAACAACUCAAGAAUACCAGUUGUAUUAGAAAACCGCAGGUCAUCUCGGGGGGGGGGGGUGCGCACCCCCUGCACCCUCCCCCUAGAUCCGCCCCUGCUAAUACUUAAGGACGUGAGACAGCAACUAGUGUGUUUUUUUUCUUUAGUUCGUGGUCAGGAUCAAAAAUUUUCGAUGCCUUUUGAAUUGAACUGGACUUGUUUUGUGAAUUCUGAUCUAGAAUCAUUAGUUUUGAAAGUAACUAGUUGAAUAAAUGAAUAAUCUUGCAAUUCAAUGCUCUUCUUAGACGUAAAAUUGCAUAUAAAGUAAUAUAGUACAACAUAACUUUAUUUGACUUGGUUAUUUCCGCUCAGACAUGCAAUUUUUGAAGACAGUGUGUUCUGAAACAGAACGGCCCGGCCCGGCUGAGAUCUGCAAAAGCGAUCAGAUUUUAGUUAGGGUCAAUGGCCUGAAAUCUGGUGUGGAAAUUUCUGCGUUUUGGUCUGAAUGAUGGCGGUCCGGAGUAAUUCGCGGGUUCUCAGAGGCGCGGUACGAACUCCCACUUAAAGGUUGUCUGUUACUCCCUCCAUCCACUUCGGGAAAGAGCUUAUAUUUUACAACGGACAUAUCGAACCAACUUGGUGAAUUCCAUCUCGGUUCAUUAGAAGUAAUUUGUUAGUUUGUUUACACGUGUUAUAUUUAACAGAAGUCUAAUUGAUGCUAAUCCAAACCUGACGGUUGUCUUUACCCAUGACCUUAAAUCUGAGUGCUAUGUUUUCUUGAUCAUGUCUUGUAGUGGUUUGAAGAAAGUUGCGCAGAUGUGAACAGUCUUUUCGAAAGUGGAACAGCUGGAGGCGUCUCCUCAGUCAUUGUGUUAUCUAAGAACCAGUCCUUUGACAUCUUCACCAAAAUCAACUAUAAAGGUCUGCAAACUGCUCUGAAACCAGGAAUGUGGUGUGACACUCCACAAGCCAUGGGAUUCCCCAACGACAAGAUGCAGAGCUUCCGCAAGAUUUGA